AUGGAAGCUGCGCAUUUAAUAAAUUUUCGACUCUUAGUUUGGGGAAUUGUUAUCAUUCCUGCACUAAGCCAAGGAGGAUUAAAAACUGGGUUUUAUUCUUCUUCAUGCCCAAAAGCCGAAUCCAUAGUCAGAUCCACAGUGGAAGCACAUUUCAAUAAAAAUCCUACUGUUGCAGCUGGACUGCUUAGGCUUCAUUUCCAUGAUUGCUUUGUUCAAGGUUGUGAUGGCUCAAUUUUGAUUGCUGGGGCUUCUGCUGAAAAAACCGCGAGGCCUAAUUCUGGGUUGCGAGGAUUUGAAGUGGUUGAAGAUGCGAAAUCGCAGCUGGAGAGUAUGUGCCCGGGGGUUGUCUCGUGUGCCGAUAUUCUUGCAUUGGCUGCUCGUGAUGCAGUUGACUUGAGUGGAGGACCAAGUUGGGGUGUGCCUACUGGAAGAAGAGAUGGUCGUAUAUCUUCAUCGGCUGAGGCAUCGAGUUUGCCUUCGCCGUUGGAUCCUGUUCCUACCCAGAGACAGAAGUUUGCAUCGAAAGGCCUUGAUGAUCAUGAUCUUGUCACGCUAGUUGGGGCACAUACCAUUGGCCAAACGGACUGUCUUUUCUUCCGAUAUCGUCUAUACAACUUCACAAGUACUGGGAAUCCAGACCCCAGCAUUAACCAAGUAUUCUUGGCACAGUUACAAUCUACUUGUCCUAAAGAUGGUGAUGGCACAAAAAGGGUGGCUCUAGACAAAGAUAGCCAGUUGAAAUUCGACACAAGCUUCUUCAAGAAUGUAAGGGAUGGAAAUGGGAUUCUUGAAUCAGAUCAGAGGCUUUGGGGAGAUCCUUCGACGCAUCGAAUUGUAGAGAAUUAUGCAGGAAGCAUAAGAGGGUUACUUGGUUUAAGAUUUGAUUUUGAGUUUCCAAAGGCCAUGAUCAAAAUGAGUAGAAUUGAAGUUAAGACUGGUACUCAAGGGGAGAUCAGAAAGAUAUGUUCCAAGUUCAAUUAA